AUGGAAGACCAACCCACCCUAGACCAAGUCCAGAUCUUCCCUGAGGCUAGCUUCUUCCAGGAGGAACGAGCGUCUGCGCUCCCCCCACCAUCAGAAAUCAGAACCAUCACCAAACAGUCGGGGAUAAUGUCUACGCCACCAAUUCCAGUCGUCCACCGCCCUGUCAUGAUACCAUCGCUGGGGUCAAUGGUCAAGUGGGGAGGCAACGUGACCCGCACCGAGGUCGGGACUCAGAUCCUAGCGCGCAAACAACUACUUGGCCGAGUGCCGAUCCCAGAGGUGUAUAGGUAUGAGAGACAGGGUGGUACCCCGCUUAUUGGGAGUAUUGCAAGGCGCGGCGGGUGCUGGUUGAAUCCGGUGUAUUUUGGAGGUGCGGUUCAGGAGUGGCAUUCGAGGUAUUGGCCGAUGAUUCUGGAUCCGGUGGAUGACGAGGAGUAUUAUAAUCCUUGGCUGUGGUUUGUUUUGUCCAAGGGCAUUUUGAUCUGA